CUGUCAAAGCUACUUCCGGUUGCGCCGGAAGUAAGUCUGUGAGACCCGAGGGACUUCAGGAAGAGCUGGCGGUGGGCCGGGACGCUCCGGCGCCACUAUGGAUCGGAGGAAAAAGCCUCUGGAUGUUGCAGCCUCUUCGUUAGUAGAUCUUAAGGCUGAACUUUUCCGAAAACAAGAAGAAUUCAAACAGGAGAAACUUCGAAAAGAUUCUGGAGUUUUGGGAAAACCAAAAACAAUUCAUAAGAAGCCAAGUGUCUGGAAGAAGCAGAAUGCAGGAGUGUCUGCUAGAGCCGAGAAGGAUGCUGAGCAGAAGCUUGAGGAACAGAAGACCUUGGACAAAGCAAGGGAGAAAUUGGAAGAAAAAGCCAAGUUAUAUGAAAAAAUGACUAAAGGAGACUUUAUAGACGAAGAAGUGGAAGAUAUGUAUCUUGUGGAUUUCACACAGAAGAUCAUAGACAAACGCAAAGAAAUGGAGGCAUUGGGUGCCAAUAAAGAGUCUCAAAAUGCGAGAGAAAGGGACGAUGAUGAAGAAACUCUGCCUGAAAGCGACAUACCUCCUCCCCAAGACCCCAGUGAAGAAUGGGUGGAUUAUGUGGACUCCUUAGGCCGAUCCCGGCGCUGUAUGAGAAAGGAUUUGCCAGAUCUGCUGGAGAUGGAUAAGAAUCUUCAGGGGAGACUUUUCAUCAGUCCUGCUAAUGAAAAAACCUUAUUAUCUGAAGAUAUGAGAAAAGAACUUCAGCGCCAGCAAUGGGAAGAAGAAGAAAGGGAGGCUCUGAGAAGGCCAGUGGGGCCUAUUCAUUAUGAAGAUAUUCGGGAAAAUGAGGCCCGGCAACUUGGUGUUGGAUAUUUUGCCUUUGCCCGAGACAAAGAGUUGAGAAACAAGCAAAUGAAGACGUUAGAGAUGCUGCGUGAACAGACAACAGAUCAGAGAACAAAACGAGAAAACAUAAAAGAAAAGCGAAAGGCUAUAUUAGAAGCAAGACUUGCUAAACUUCGACAGAAAAAGAUGAAGAAAUCCAAAGAAGAUGGAGAAGAAGAAAACAGAGAUGGAGAUGUUACUGAACCCUUGAUCCUGGAACCAGAGCCUGGGCCACCUACACAUCCUGCUACCCAGAGUAGCAAAGUAGAAGUCAUUGUCCAGGAGAGGAAGGACACCAAGCCCGGAGUGCCCCACGUGCGGGAGUGGGACCGUGGAAAAGAUUUUUCCUUUGGAUACUGGUCGAAGAGGCAGUCAGAGCUUCGGGCUGAGAGGGAUCCUGAGUUUGCCCCACCUUCAGAUUACUUUGUGGGUCAGAAGAGAACUGGUUCUCUCAGCGGCCAGACAUGGAACAGACCUGGAACAGCACCGAGCGACACUUGGCAGCACUCUGGCCCGAGCCAGGAGCCCAGCUCUUCACAGACGGGCUCCACUCCUGCCCCCACAGGCCCACCACAAUCCUCAACAGUCACAUUCCAAACUCUGGAUGAUAUGAUAUCAUAUUAUAAACAAGUGACAUGAGCACA